ACAGGCCCGGAGGAAGUGAGCGGCGCGCGGGGCCCCUGCCUGCCCCCACCCCCCGCCCUCUAACCCCCCCAGGGCUAGGAACCUGCUUUUCUCUGGAAGCCAGGAAUCACGAUUUGAGCUACGUGCCUUCAUUUCCUGGCGUGGAGGAGGCGGCCAGGGCCGGCAAGGGAGAGAUGGAGCCGGAGUCCCUGUACAACCUGCUGCAGCUCCCGAAGGCGGUAGGCGUGCCGGCGGAGGAGGAACUUGCACAAGGAGAAAAGAAGAAAUACCUGCCACCCACCUCGCGGGAGGACCCCAAAUUCAAAGAACUGCAAAAGGUACUGGUGGAGUGGAUCAAUGCCAAGCUCCUCCCGGAGCACAUCGUGGUCCGCAGCCUGGAGGAGGACAUAUUCGAUGGGCUCAUCUUGCACCACCUUUUCCAGAUGCUGACCGGGCUCCGGCUGGAAGUCGAGGAGAUGGCUCUGACCGCCCCCAACCAGAGGCGCAAGCUGGAGGCCGUCCUGGAGGCGGUCAACCGCAGUCUGGAGGUGGAGGGUCAGCCGCUCAAGUGGAAUGUGGAAACCAUCUUCAGCAAGGACUUGCUGGCCACCCUGCAUCUUCUCGUGGCCCUGGCCAAGCACUUCCAGCCCGACCUGCCCCUCCCGACCAACGUCCAGGUGGAGGUGAUCACCAUGGAGAGCACCAAAAGCGGUCUGAAGUCGGAGAAGUCAGUGGAGCAGCUCACUGGAUGCAGCACAGACAAGGACCAACCAGCCAAAGACGUCUUUGAUGAAUUAUUUAAACUGGCUCCGGAGAAAGUGAACGCCGUCAAAGAGGCCAUUGUGAACUUUGUCAACCAGAAGCUAGAUCGCCUGGGCCUGUCUGUGCAGAAUCUGGACACCCAGUUUGCAGACGGGGUCCUCUUACUCUUGCUGAUUGGACAACUGGAAGGCUUCUUCCUGCACUUGAAGGAAUUCUACCUCACUCCCACCUCUCCUGCAGAAAUGCUGCACAAUGUCACCCUGGCCCUGGAGCUGCUUAAGGAUGAAGGCCUGCUCAGCUACCCCCUCAACCCCGAAGACAUCGUGAACAAGGACACCAAGAGCACGCUCCGGGUCCUCUACAGCCUGUUUCACAAGCACAAGCUGAAAGACCGUGCGGACAGCACGCCCCACGGACCUCCGAAUUAACGGCCUCGGCCCCUCGAAGUUGCUUCUCCACGCUCCGAGCCAGCGGGAGGGCGCAGGGGCCACAGAACGACCCCCGCCACCACACAGCCGGGUGCCCUCCGGCCACCUGCCCUGUCCCCAACUCUGAUCCCUGUUUCCAUCCAAGUAUCUUUGAAUUCACUGGGCCUGCAUCUGUUUUGAGCCAACCUCUGGCCUCACUCAGUUGAUAUUGGCAAACGUAUUUCUGGGAGGGAUUUGGGGAGCCUGCAGUGCCUGGGGAAAGACGCUUAUAUAUUGUCAGUAUGAGCCGAUCCCCCUGAGGCAGUUCCCCUUUCCUUGCGGCUAGGCGUGGAAGGUUCUCAGCGUCUCCUCUCCGAGGGCACCCGUGGGGGCAGCAAGGAGCCCAGGGAUGCUGACCUUCACUCGGGCUGCGGGGUUUGACUUUGGGAGCAGAAAGGGCUCCCAGGGGCCGGGGCUGAAGAUCAGAGGCCCAGCUGGCCUCUCGCUCAGGGUGAUGGGCCCCAGGGUCACCAUCCGGAGGCAGGAGUCCCACAUGGCCCCCAAGCCAAGGCCCCGAACCCCGUGGGGAAGGUAAUCCGCUUGCUGCCAGAGGAGCUGUGCCCCAGGCGCACCCCACAGCUCGAUGGUGAGCCCUGCCCGGAAGCCACAGGAGACAUCGUGUGGUUGAUUGUAGGUUGGAUGGGGUCCUGGUCUGUCCCCAAGGACGGGCCAUCACCCUCUCUCUCUGAUGAGAACUGCCACUUGCUGCCCGUGUUUCUCAAAGAAUAAGUCCUUGUAGGAAGGUUGAAUGUGGCCAUCCCAGGAGCUGACGUGAGGCGGGAACCAGCCAGGACGAGGCACCGUGGGGGGAGGGGGCGGCAGCAAGGGGACAGACCCCCCUCGGGGCUGCCUCUGGGCUUCUCCCCUCCUCCCCCAGCUCCAGGCCCCGCUAGGUCUGGGUUAUCACAGUUUGACAGCCUUGGAUUG